AAAGAAAGAGAGUUAACUAGUUUCAAAGAAUAUUAACCAAUGAGAUUCAGUAUCAUCCGUUACUCCUUGACACGGUUGAUUCGUAUGUCAGUGGAAUAAUGGCUCAAAAUCUUACCAAGCUUCAUUCUGAACUACGGAAGUUCCAGAAAGAUGAACUAAAAAAGACAGAGACUCGAAUCACAACUCCAGGUGGUCAAAUAUACACAGAAAACAAAGAUGCAGCUGGACGUUUGACCACAACUUUGACAAAUCGUGGGCGGUUGGGGUUUGUUGGAGAUUUAAGAGCUGACCUUCAAGUUGGAGAAAUACGGAAAGGUCUCGUUUUAGGCUCCCAAGAUGUUGCCCAGAGUCUGGAAACGCUUAAUAAACAUAACGUGACACACAUCCUGAAUGUCGCAACUGGAGUUGAAAACCUCUAUCCAGAGAAAUUCACAUACAAAUCCAUCAAGGUCUAUGACCUGCCAGACACCAAAAUCGUUGACAUCUUUGAUGAAGCUUUUGCCUUUAUAGAAGAGGGACGUAGCUCCGGUUGUGUACUGGUGCACUGCAAUGCAGGCAUAUCUCGUGCUGCUUCUAUUGUUAUCGGUUACCUGAUGAAGACUGAGGGCAUGAGUUUCUCUGACAGUUUCUGGUAUGUGAAAGGAAAACGACCGGUUGUUCACCCAAACUUCGGUUUUGUUGACCAACUACGUGACUAUGAAAUAUUCUUACGGCAAAACUAAACCUUGGUUUCAAAAUAUCAACAUUAUCAACAACAACAAAAUCCUCAUUGCAUAUUUUACCUGUUAGAACAAGGACUUAGAAGCUGCUGUUUUCAUGAUACAUCAUAAUCUUAGUUAUCUUUCAGUCUGAUCAUCAUUUCUAACUUCAAAUCCCACCAGCAUCAGCUUUGACUUUUUCCCCUCCAGCAAUCAAAUUACUAUACUAGUAAUAUACAGGAGUCAUUUGAUUCUACAUACUUCCUUUUUAUAUAAACAAGCUUUCUUUAGGCCGAAAACAUAGAACAGACUAACACUGUAUACUAAUACUGUCUUUUGUUAAGAAGGCAGUGAGCUGGCAGAAUUGUUAGUUUGCUGGACAAAACGCUGAGUGGCAAUACAUCUAUCUUUAUAUUCUGAGUUCAAAUUCUACCGAGGCUGCCUUUUCCUCUUAUCCUUUUUUGGGGUCAGUAAAAUAGGUAGUAGUUGAGCACUGAGUUUGAUGUAGUUGCUGGCCUUGUGCCAUACUUUGAAACUAGUAUUGCCUGUUGAUAACUAUUUUGAGUUCUGGCCACCAUCCCACUACAAUUCAUGUAUUUGUGGAUGUCCUUACCUGACAUGACUCUUUUUGCUGGGGUAAGGUGGGUAGAACUGAACUCUACAGUUCUUAACAUGGGGUAGGAUAAAAUGGAGGUGAGGAGAUAGUUUAGUUGAGACAUAAAAUAAUUUACUUUGAAAUCUAAAAAUAAAUUGAAUUCCUGAUUUAAAAUUAUGUAAAACCUGUAUCUGGAAUUAUUCAUAGAUCUUAUUAAUCAAAUAAUUAGAUAACAGCAGCAAGCUGACAGAAUCGUUAGCGAUCAUUAGCUUUUCUUCCUGCUCUCUAUGUUCUGAGUUCAAAUUUCACUCUGGUCAACUUUGCCUGUCAUUCUUUCUGGGUCAAUAUAAUUGACUAACUCUCUCUCUCUACCAAAUUCCAAGGCCUUGUGCUUAUAGUACAAAGAAUUAAUCAGAUAUUUACAUGUCUUGACUGUAUUUAAUUGUUAGAGAACCCUUUCUCGUAGACAUUGUGUUAGAGGUUGUUGUUGUUGUUGUUGUUGUUGUUGUUUUAGCCAUGGAUCAACUCUGAUGUAGCAGAAUUGGCUGGUGAUCUAUAAAAAAAAUAUAUAUAUUCCAGCCACAAUCUACCCUUUUAGGCCUAUAUCUAAGAUUUUUUAAGAUGGUAGGGUGUGAUUUUAGGCAGAGUCAGCUUCUAUUUCUUGCAGCUUGAGCAACCACGUAGAAUCUUUUCUGAUUGAAUUGCUUAAUUUGCAGUUGAAGUGUGAAGUGUUUGUUGGGUUGCAUUCUUCAGAUUUAACCCUUAACCUUCUUAAUACAAACCCACCCAAAACUGCCCUUUGUUCUAUGAUGAAAUUCCUUGUUUUAAACUGAUCUAAACAUAAACCAACAUCAAAAUUCCAUGAUAAUUUAUAUUCCAAACACCUGUUUAAUUAGCAUCAAAGUUGUUUUACUAAAUUCUUCUAUAUUUUCAAAAUAAAUUAAUUGAAACAAAGGCAAUGUCUUCAACAGAAAUAUGGUAAUGAAAGGGUUAGCUAUAUCUGACCCAAAUAAUCUACCUGCUUUGUGUUCAAACCAGACAGAUCUGGCCUCUCAUAUCUACCCUGCAAUGCCAUUCUAAAAAUAAACAAUCACAUCAUUGAAAUCUUAAAGCUACAAGAUAAUAUAUGAUUAAUUCAAAACAAUGUGAAUAACUAAGCAUUACAUUUGAUAGAAUUACCCGAAUGCUAAAGGAUUAAGGGAUAAGAAUAAUGGAGGAACCACUAAUGUUGAGAUCCCCCAACUCCGUGAUGCCAACUACCUAAUGGUAUGGUAUGUGUAGGUGUCUGGACACCACUGAACACUUUGGAGCAGGUCAGCUUGAGGGUGUUCAUCCUUCAACAGACUACAGCCCAAUGAUAGCUUAGCUGACCAAAACUUCAAAGUUACUGUCAAUAGUGUUCUUGUUUAAGAAUAAUUAAUAAAUAAAUAAAUAUAUAUAUAUGUGUGUGUAUGUAGGCAUGGUUGUGUGGUAAGAAGCUUGCUUUCCGACAACAUGGUUCUGGGUUCAGUCCCAAUGUGUUGCACCUUGGGCAAGUGUCUUCUACUAUAGCCUCAGGCCGAUCAAAGCCUUGUGAGUGUAUUUGGUAGACGGAAACUGAAAGAAACCCGUCGUAUAUAUAUGUGUGUCUUUGUGUCUGAGCUUGUACCCCAACUAUUACUUGAACAAGACAACCAGUGUUUGUGUGUUUAUGUCCCCUGUAACUUAGUGAUCCAUCAAAAGAGAGCAAUAGAAUAAGAACUAGGCUUAAAAGGAAUAAGUCCUGGGGUCGAUUUCUUCAACUAAAACUCUUUAAGAUGGUGUGCUAGCAUGGCCACAGUCAAAUGACUGAAACAAGUAAAAGAAUUGAAGAACACACACACACACACAGAUUGAUAGAUAGAAUAGCACAAAUGAAAUGAGGGGAAUAAGAGAUGGACAGUUGGACAAUGUGAGAGAUUACAAUCGGGAGACAAAAAUUGAAAAAGGCAGUGGGCAAAGUAUAAGCACACAGAAAUUAACAUCAGAAAUUAUGCACAAUGAAUAAUCCACUGGAAAAAGAAAAAGUAGAUUAGCAUUUCAACAGGUAAAUCCAUAAUCAAAGAAAGAAACAAUACCUGUUUGAAGCACACAUGUACCUUUUGACAUGAUGUGUGUGUGUGUGUGUGUAUAUGAAUGUAUGUAUAUCAUUUAAUGAAAACAAGAGAUAUACGUGAACUAUUUCAAGUUUCAUGUUCAGAUAGUGCUUACCAUACAAUCCAUCAAUUGACAAUGGCUACUCCUUGUGUAUUAUAUAUAUAUAUAUAUAACCAGCCUAUUUAAGAGUACCCUUCAAUAAUUGGACAAUAAACUAUGCUUGCGAAGACCUGUUGAGGUAAGUGAAGUCGCUGUCGUGGCCGAUGACAGUACUGCCUGAUUGGCACCCAUGCCAGUGGAAUGUUAAAAGCACCAUUUAAGCGUGAUUGUUGCUUGCCAGGGCUGCUGACUGGCUCCUGUGCCAGUGGCACGUAAAAAAAGCACCAUUCGAGCAUGGUUGUUGCCAGUACUGCUGGACUGGCUCCUGUGCAGGUGGCAUGUAAAAAGCACCGAUGCCAGUACCGCCCAACUGGCCCUCGUGCCAGUGGCACAUAAAAGCACCUACUACACUCUCAGAGUGCUUGGCAUUAGGAAGGGCAACCAGCUGUAGAAACUUUGACAGAUCAGAUUGGAGACUGGUGCAGCCUUCUGGCUUGCCAGCCCUCAGUCAAACUGUGCAACCCAUGCCAGCAUGGAAAGCCGACGUUAAACAAUGAUGAUGAUGAAAAUAUAUAUAUAUAUGUGUGUGUGUGUCUGUUUUCUUUUGUCAUAUUUAAAGUGAAUCUAAUCACCCUAACACUUAAAAUUUCAUGAAGGGCUAACGAGACAUUUAUUGAUGUUUUGUUUUUAAUUAUGCAGUUGGAAGAAGGAGAUGAAAGGAUAGUUUUGCCCAUCACCUUUACAAUUCUUGGGUACAAGGGAGUGAGAGUUUAUGUGGUUGCCCAAUCUGCUGGAAAAAGCAGCUAAAUUUUCUUUCAACCUUAAAAAGGAGAACACACAUCAGAUAAUGUAGUCAACAUCAAAACUAAGACAGGGUGGUCAUGGCUUGAAUACUUUGGUGCUAAACAACUACAGCAACAACAAUCCUUCCCAGAUUGAUGUGGUUGAUGUUCAGUUUGAAUUUUUGUAAGUUGUCCAUAGAAAAGAUGAAGGAGCUCCAUGGUGGUUGGGUUGGGUUAGGGUGGGGUGGGUUGAUACAAUUUUGUAGAAGAAAGGUUGGACAUUGCAUUCAGUGCAAGGCUUGUCAGAACAAGAUAGGAAUAUGGCAGGAAAAGAUGUAGGUGUAUAAAGUAGAUUUGCUAGGACAGGGGCUAGUACAUAGCUUGUUACUUUAGAUCAGUGGUUUUCAACCAUCUUUUGUCUAUGCCCCCCCCCCCUUGAUUCCCAUUUUGCUCUACUGGACCUCCAUAGCUAUUCAUCAUCAUCAUCACAACAUGGGGUCCUAAAAAAAUCCUACUGUAAUUUUAUAAUUAAAAAUCAUUUGGAAUUGUAUUUAAGAAAUAUAUUGUAUGAAUAUAAGCAAUUUAUUGCACAGAAAUUUUAAUAACAAAAUCUUUUAUGGACACCCCCCCCCCCACCGUUUAGGGCCAUAUGAACCCCCAGUUGAGAACCACUGCUUUAAAGACUCAAGAAUUGUAGUUGAGGGGAAGAGACAAAGAGGGGAUACAGCUUGUUGAUUGAAGAUUUAUGAUGCCACAUAGCGUUUUACUUCAGGAGAGUAGGAUGAGUUAUAAUGGAGUUAGAAGAGAUAGUAGUAGAACUAUGGAAUUGUUGUAUUUUAAUAUUUAUCAAUCAGUCAGAGAAGACACAGCUUCUUUGAAUAUUUUAAGCCCCCAGGACUAAAUGAGAUCAAUGCUUAUAUAGCAUUGGAUGGGGAUUGCAAAGAUAUCAUGUUAUCGUCAACGCUACUAACAUUUGUAGCUCAAGUCUAAGUUACCCCAUCAAAAAGGUUCCUAUGAACAGCAUUUUUAAUAUAGAACAAUUCCAAAUGGAAAUCUCUCUAUCAAUCUUUUCCAAAAGAUUGCUUAUCAACUAAAAAAUAUUUGUAUAGUCUCUUGGUUAUGGAUACCAUCAGUGUACGGAAGAAUAAAGAGAAGUACUGGUUGGUAUCAUUUUCAUGCAUGUAUGUACAUGUGGUGAAAAAAAAUAGGGAGAUAUAACCGAACCUUGAUGUACACCAGAGCUGACAGAAUGGCGGUUGAAGAAAGCUCUGCCAACACAAGUUGUAAUAAAUAGUUUUGCUGAAAACUUGCUCUUAGAAAUUAGUUAGAUGAAGCUUAUAUUAGUCAGCAACUUUGCUAGGAUGUUCUUUUGUGAGACAUGGUCAAAAGUUUGCACCAAAAUUCUCAGUGGCAAAAGACUAUAGAAGAUCUGAUUCUUUGGUAAAUUUGAUUUUAUAGGAACUAUAAGACUUAUCUCUGGCCUUUAAAUACUGUGUUCAGCUGUCACCUUUUAGCUGUCUCAGAUAACCCAUGUUCAUCUCUAGUUACCACAGAUGGAUAGCUAUUAUCAAACACCAUCCAAAUUUUAAUGAGAUAACUGGUUGUAUUAACCCUUAAUAAGAAUGAGGGGGGGGGUGUUUUUUUACGAUAGCUUAGUUAAAAAGGGUAGUGACCAUUGUCCUUAUGGAGUUCCCAUGGUUUGAGGAGGGAUUGCAAAGAUAUCAUGUUAUCAUCAAUGCUACUAACAUUUGUAGCUCAUGUCGAAGUUACCCCAUCAAAAAGGUUUCUAUGAACAGCAUUUUCACUAUAGAACAAUUCCAAAUGGAAAUCUCUCAACCAAUCUUUCCCAAAAUACUCUCUUCCUUGCCAAGUUCUCUCCAAGACUUUCAAAUCUCAAGUCAUUCUGCCAUGUAACUGAAAUUGCAACAUUAGACUCAUACUGGGGGGCAACCACAACAGUAAAACACUGACAGCAGGGUUUACUUGUGUUUUCUAUAUUUCUGUUUAAAAUAUAUCCUGGCGGGGCCCAAAAUGUGGAUUUUGAAGAUUAAACUAUCUAAAAACUAACAUAAAUGGUUCCAAGAAUAUCCUUUUUUCCUUCCUGUACACAUAGCUUCCAGCUUAAUUCACAUGUCUAUUACUUCAACAAAGCUAACUUCAGAUAUUUUUGCUCCAGGUGUUUGGUAUAUGUGAUGCAGAUUUGGUGGCUUUCAUCAUGUCAGCUUGGAUUUCUAUGCUUUAGUUAUAUAAAAAUAAAACUGGCUUUAUUUUCUACUGUA